UCAAUAACUGUUAAUGAAUAAUUCCUAAAUGUCGUAACAGUGACUUCUAUAAUAGAUAAAGAACAUAGAAAAUAUCAAAUGAAUAAUAUCGUAUUUAAAUAUUUAUCGAUGUGUCAGAUCGUUGGUCUCGGGAGAGGGGGGGUGUCCUUCGCUGAAGUAAUACCGUUAUUAAUCUUUAUGGGCCUAGUCAAAACUAUUUUAAGUGUAAAUAACACUGAACAUCUACACAAUGUAAUUUUUUACAUGCACGGAAUUCGAAAAACUGUAAUGCAAAAGAGGAAAUAUUUGAUGAUAAAAAAAUCAUUUAAUCGAUAUCUUUUUUAAAUUUCAUAAGUGAAAGCGCUUGCUUCAGACAAGUACUACAAGUAUAAUUUAAGGAAGAAAGUAUCCUUCCCGGAAUUGAAUUUUUUUAAAAUAAACAUUUAGACUACAAAGUCCUUACUGGCGGUCAUGCACGGGUUUUCCUUUUAAUUUUUCUGAUUUCUAUGUUAUUUGGGAGGGUUUGUAUAAAUAAAGAAAACAAUAGGAGGGUAUUUACACAAAAUAGAGAAUAUAGAGGAAGCAACCAUUACCAGUUCGAUUGCUGCAUUUGAUUAUAUUUUUGGACAUGUGUCUUGUUAUUUGUGAACUUAUUGGUUGGAUGUCAAUACAUUUAAAAAAAAAUAUUCCUAACAAAGCUGAUAAAUGAAAUACACCACAGUACAAAACAUCAUUAAAAUUUUUCAGAAAUUGACUCGGAAUUUUCUAUACAACUACUAACUUUAUUUUGAGAAAUUUUACAAAUUAAAACAAACGACCAAAACUUAAAGUCUGUCAAGGCAUCGUAACCCUGUCGUGACUACAUGUAUUUACACAUUUAGGUUAAUUUGCGUCGAGUCUAUGUUGUCCAGUGGGGACGGCCUUCAGAAAAGGACAGGGCAAGAAUUAUUGGAGCCGGCACAGAGCCAGAGAUGAGAGCCCUAUAUCUAGAACAGAGUGCUUUAGAAUCGAGUCUAACAUCACCCUGCUCUUCCACUCCUCCUCGCUCACCGACCCCACCCAGAUCCCCGACUCCACCUAGAUCGCCAACACCUCCUAGAUCUUCGACCCCACCUCGCCCCCCAAAGAAGCAACCAAACAAGAAGAAACAGACAGAUAAAAAACAAAGCAAGCAGCUCGUGUUAUAUCCGUGGUGGAGACUACAGGAAAUGCGGAGAAUGACAGCACCGUUGUUUUAGGAGACCCAUGCCUGCCCGUAACCCCUAUCAUAAGGAGACCAAAUGAGAACCCCCCUUCAGCAUCGUCAACAGCUAGCGACUGUGGAAACUUAGAGGGUAUGCUAAAGUUGGCCCUUCGCCAUUUGAAAACGAUGGUGUCAGUGUCGGACCUUCAACGAGAAUUAAAAAUUGUGAACACGAAGUUGGAUGUCGCCAAUACAAGGAUCGUAAGGCUAGAGGGGACAAUCAAGGACUUGUCCAAUGGGAUUGUCGGGAACACCUGUGCGCCGCCUCCAGUCCAAGCUCCUGCUUUUGACCAAGUCCAUGGAGAGGAUCUCAACAACGGAGUCCCCCAGGAGUUCCAAAUUGACUUGGAAACUUUGAACCAUCUGAAAGCUGCAUCAAACAACCCGGGGCAUUUAGCGUGCCUUCUAGUGAAGAAGUUAUUUCCGGAACUAUUUCUCUCAGGGCGAAAAAGCGAGUAUAAUUGGUUUGGUGGAGGUGUGAAGGGUAAAAAAGAGUUAGAGAACAGACGCAAAAACGCUAUUAAAAAAUAUGUGACCUUUUUCCAUCCGGAAGUAAAGGAACCAAUGGUGUGGCGGGAACGGGUGGUGACCAGAAUUAAUGAGUGCCUCCGCCGUCCUAAAAAAGUCAGGGCUCAACAGAAAGUUGUCAAUGAUGGUGGUGAUGAUGAUGAUGAUGAUGAUGUGCAGCAUAUAAGUGUUCCUCUUACCGCGAUUAUGUACGCUCAAAUUUAGAACUUGCGUGUCAAUGUUGCCAGAAGUACAGACUUAGAUGUUACAUACAUGUACUAUAUUUAUGAAUACUAGAAGUUUUCAUCUAUUAAGAAAUUUUUAACAUUUGCUACAUGACAUACAGUAUGUAAAUGAAAUGAUGAUAAUGUACUAAUCUAAAUAAAAGUUUUCCUUAUCUCGAUAAGAUGGCUUUUUGUAUUCAAGUUAACCAUCCUUCGAUUCAACACAAAUCCCGAUUAGACUACGUGGAAUUUAAAAAAAAAAGAUACCAUGUGUAGACCAACAUUCCCGA